CUCCUGUCAUUCAUCUCGUCUUCUUCAACUCUCACUCGGCCACUCCUUUGGUCGUCUUCUUCAAAUCUCCUUCAUCGUCUCACCGUCUCUGUGCUUUCAGUCAGCAUCUUUAUGAAAUUGAGUCAUCUUCUUCAUCAUAUCUUGACAUGGAAGAAGAAAAUUCUGAAUUACUUUAUCAAGCUCAACAACAACAAAGAACAAAAGCUAACGCUUGGAGACAAGGCAUUGUUGUAGCUAUGUGGGGCAAUAGACCACAAAUCAUGCUAAUGAGGAUAAUGAAGAAGAUUGACGGGGCGAUGAUGGGAUGUGUUCACACUUGAGCGUGAAAGCAAAAGAGAGAAAACAUGGGGUCUCUCUCGUUGCCCGACUUCCCGGCGAAGCAAGAAUCCACGGAUAUUGAUCCGACCAAUUUGAUGAACCUCUUCAAAGCUCAGCAGAAAUACCUCAACCAUUUCUUCCAGAACCUCGAUCUCUCCCAGACGCUCACCUUCGCCCACACCCUCCUUAAUGCUAAGGGCACCAUUAUCUUCACCGGCGUCGGGAAAUCCGGAUUCGUCGCCCAGAAGAUCUCUCAGACUCUGGUCUCUCUUGGAAUUAGGUCUGGGGUUUUGUCCCCUCUGGACGCGCUCCACGGAGAUAUUGGCAUUUUGGCUCCCGGGGAUCUGCUCGUGAUGUUCAGCAAGAGCGGGAACACAGAGGAGUUGAUUAGGCUCGUUCCGUGCGCGAAGGCUAAAGGGGUGUUUUUGAUCUCCGUGACCUCGGUGAAGCCCAAUUCCUUGAUGGGUUUCUGCGAUCUCAACGUGCAUUUGCCUCUGGAGAGAGAAUUGUGCCCUUUUGAUUUGGCUCCUGUAACGUCUACAGCCAUCCAGAUGGUGUUCGGAGACACAGUGGCGAUUGCCUUGAUGGCCGCCAGGAACAUGAGCCGGGACGACUAUGCUGCCAACCACCCCGCUGGCAGAAUCGGGAAGAGCUUGAUCUUCAAGGUAAAGGAUGUAAUGAAGAAGAAUGAGGAACUUCCAAUUUGUAAGGAAGGCGAUCUCAUUAUGGACCAGUUAGUAGAGUUGACUAGUAAAGGAUGCGGAUGCCUCCUUGUUAUCGAUUGUGAUUAUCAUCUGCAAGGAACGUUCACUGAUGGUGACUUGCGGCGCACACUGAAAGCUAGUGGUGAAGGGAUCUUUAAACUCACGGUGGGGGAAAUGUGUAACAGAAAACCAAGAACAAUUGGCCCCGAUGCAAUGGCAGUUGAAGCAAUGCAGAAAAUGGAAUCCGCACCAUCCCCUGUUCAAUUUUUGCCCGUUGUGAAUGAUGAGAAUGUAUUGAUUGGCAUUGUCACCUUACAUGGGCUAGUCUCAGCUGGCCUGUGAGAGUUUUGGGAUUCGUCCUCUAUAGUGUUCGUCACUACGGGUAUCAAUUAUAUGUUGUAUUUAGGGUCCUCAUUAUACGUUGGGUGAGAUGGAGGGAGAAUUCUUGUAGUAUCUGUUCGUCACAAAUGAGGGAUGAUUGAUGUAACCAGUGAGAGGAAUUGAUGCAAGCACUGAGAGGGCUCCAUUGUCUUGUGUAAAGCUUUUUUCCUUUUCUGUUUGUGUAUGUGUUUGAAUACAAACAAUUUUUUUUUCAAUCAUGCUUGGGAUACUCUAAAAAGUGUACUCCAAAUUGUAUCCCAAAGUGAUGCACCAAUAUUUUUAACAACUCAUACUGACACAACAACUCCAAAUUGUUGUUUUGUAAAUUAUCACUCUAGCAUAACACUCU